GUGUGUGUAUAUGUGUGCGGGGGCUGGGGAGAGGUUGAGUCAAGGACCUACGUCUUUGGAGGAGAGGCUGGGGUCUCCUGUGUCAUCAGUUCCUAAAAAUAGGACUGGCUCCUGGCUCUGCCCUUCUGGGCUGAAGCCCUUCCCUCUGCACCAGCCAAUGGUGGGGCCUGGCCUUGAGCCCCCCACCCCCAAGGAAGGCAGAAGGCCAGGAAGCCAGGCUUGGCCCGUCAGCCUGUCGCCUUGCACUGUGGCUCUGGCGCCUGUGCUAUGACCCCUGCCCCUGGCUGAUGAUGAAAUCUGGCCUGAGCGGAGAUGGAGUGACACCAGGCAGUGUUGGGGGAUGCUUCUGGGUCUCCCUGUGGUCGAACGUGCAGCCCCCAUGCAACUCCAUCCCCUCCCAGGAUACAGACCUGCCAGUCGCCACCAUGCUGAGUUCACCAUGCAUGUACCCCAAGUGUCCCCAACUGAGAGCCCUGUCUCCUUUUCCUGGCCAUUACACAGUUUGAGGCCCUCUUUGAGAAAGGAUGUGUGCAGCAGGAAGAGCCUAAUGUGGUGUGAAUGGGGAGGCAAAUGUCAAGGAGCAGCCUUGAUUUCUCAGGGGCCCCCAUUCUUAUUGUUUUGAAUGAGCUCGGCUAUAGUUCAGGGCAGGGGAGAAGUCUUCAUUCCUUGGCAGCUGCAUCUCCAGGCUCCAGUAAAGUUGACACUGGAUGAUCUAUGAAUGAGUCAGAGCCCAAAUGGCCAAAGUCCCAUCUCUGGAUUUAAGUUAGUGGGUCCUCUGGGCUGUGUGUACCCACUAUGUUCAGGUAGUGGCCAGAACAGUCAGGAGCCUUGGUUCUUCCUGCCCAGUGGUGUUCUAAGGCAGUGGUUGCUAACCAGACAACUGGUGAGAUGUGAGUCCGAAAGGUUGAUGACUGCUGUUCUAAGGGACCAGCUCUCCCCCCAAAAGAACCCUGGUUUGUAGUGUUGGCUGAUGUGUACAUACCCCAUUGCUGGUGUCCAGAUACCAACAUGAUGCCACUGAAUGUGGAGGUGGGAUGAGAUGUGCACAGUGGCUCUAUUGAGCCAGUAUGAGCCAGGUCUACUGACCUGUAUUUGGGGGAGGCAGGAAAGAGCACAGGCCUCAGAGUCAGGUUGCCUACUCUGGAGUGCCAGCUCUGCCUCUGAUCUUGGCAGAGCCCCAUCUUGGCCUUCAGUCCUUCCAAUCAAGUGAGGAAAGCAAGCCUAGUGGGCUCCUAAGGGGGAGCAGGUCCUUGGAAAUGGGCUGAGCGGGCAGCUUGGGCCCUGAAUACAGUGCAGAGCCCAGAAUGGGGCAGCAGGCACUGCUUUGAGGACAGGCGGUCCUGGCUGUUAAGCACCAAAGUGAGACAGUACACCUGCUGGGACAUGAGGUGGAGCCACUACUGUUCCUGCUCUUCCAUGGUCUGGCGUCACAGGAACAUUUUCCAGAUACCAGGCCCCUUCUUAAGGUACUGACACUUGUAAAAGAUCAUGCUCGUGCAGGCUCCUCCUGCAUCUGGCUGUUGCAGUGUUCUCUACAGAACAGAAUCCGAAGCUGGGGGAAUGGUAUGCGGCACCCCAAAGGACCCUGGUAAGUGACAGCCACCCCCCAUGUGAAGGAGGAGGUCAGGGAAGGGUGGGGAACCCUCGUUCCCUGUGGAGCAAGGUGGGGAACACCUUGCUCCUGCUCAUUGACCUGUUCAACCUCUGUGGCAAAAGGGGGAAGUUUUUCUGAGAUCAACAAGAUGAUGUCAUGUUAGGGAAAGUGUUUCCCAGGUGGCUGGCUAGAGGCCUGUGUCUGUGGCCCCAUCUGCCCCACCCCCUGUACACACCUCUGCUGGCUGAGGUUGACACAACCCUGUUCCCUGUCACUCUGUUCCCGCUUAUCUCCCGCCUUUUCGGCGCCACUACCUUCUUGGAAAUGAGGACAAAGGGGAGGGGGCUUAGCACCCCCUCUUCUGGCCCCAUAAAAGCGACUGUAACUGUGCCCAGACACCAGAGCUGUCUGAGACCUAACAGCAGGACACCAGCCAGACGGCACAAUGGCACUGAAUGUGCGGAUCCAGGCUGCCUGUCUUCUGCUCCUCCUCCUGGCCAGCCUGGCCAGUGCCUCAGCUCUGCACCAGACAACACAGCUUGCAGACCUCCAGACCCAGGAUACAGCUGGAGCCACAGCUGGCUUGAAGCCUGGGCUGCAGAGGCUGAGGAGGCGAGACACUCACUUCCCCAUCUGCAUCUUCUGUUGUGGCUGCUGUUAUCCAUCAAGGUGUGGAAUCUGCUGCAAGACGUAGAGUCUCCCUGCCCUCCCCUCCCUCUAUUUAUUCCUGUCGCCCUCUAACACUUGGUAAAUGGUCUCGGAAUAAAAUGACUGUUCUAGCUUUAUUUUCCAAA